UUUAAGAUAUGGGUUCAAUAGAAGGUGUUCCAACAAUUGGAGAUAUUGCCGCUAGUCGGCAUCAAAUGGGACUAUGGUCAUGUAUGAGUUAUGUUAUUGCAAAUAUAAUUGGAGCUGGAAUUUUUAUAACACCCGGACCAAUUCUUCAAUACACAUUUUCCAAUGGAUUAGCUCUUCUUGUAUGGAUUGGAUGUGGAUUAAUAUCACUUAUUGGUGGUAUUUGUUAUAUUGAAUUGGGUACUUCGAUUCACGAUCCUGGAUGUGAUUUUGCAUACACUGUUUACGUCGGCUGGGAAGGAAUUGCAUUCUCAUUUAUGUGGGUCGGAGUGAUCAUGUCAUUCCCAGCUUCUGCUGCUGUUCAGGCUUUAACUUUUGGUCAAUACAUUGUUGCCGGUAUGGCACCAAUCUGGCCAUUAGAGCAUCCAUGGGAUGGGAUUAUUGAGAAGGGGCUUGGUUUUGCAUUGAUUAUUGUUCUCACAAUUCUAAACUUGUAUGCCAUUGACAAGUAUGCUUCAAAGUUUCAAAUCGUUGUCACUAUUGCAAAAAUGCUGUCUUUAGCAAUUAUCAUUGUUACCGGAUUUUAUUAUUUAAUUUUUAAAGGACAAACCGAGUACCUCGAGCAUCCAUUCGAAGGCUCCAACACUAAUCCUGGACAAAUUUCACUUGCAUUCUACGGAGCUCUGUGGAGUUUUGCCGGAUGGGAUAUUCUCAAUUUUGGAACUCCAGAAAUUCGUAAUCCAAGAAGAACAAUGCCAAUUGCAUUGCUCGGCGGUGUGUCAAUUGUCACCGCAGUCUAUCUUGCAAUGAAUAUUUCCUACAUGACUGUUCUGACACCCGGGCAAAUCAUGAACAGUACUGCGGUGGCUGCAGAUUUUGCACAGAUCACCUUAGGAGGCUUCUCUUAUGCCAUUCCAUUUAUGAUUGCUCUUUUGCUCAUUGGAACUCUUAACAGCAAUAUUUUCUGUGGAUCUAGAUUCACACACGCAGCCGCACGGGAAGGACAUCUUCCCACAUUUCUAUCGUGUAUAAAUGAAGAAUCAAAUAGUCCAAGAGCGGCCCUACUUUUCCAGCUGGUUUGUACAGUUGUUGUUACUUUUAUCGAUACUAACAGCUUAAUCAACUAUGUGUCAUUUGUCAUGUUCGGACAACGUGUAUUCACAAUGACGGCCCUGAUGUGGAUUCGAUAUCGAAAUAUUCCUGUACAUCCAGAUGCGAUUCGGGUUCCACUCAUCUUUUCAUUUCUAUUUUGGCUGAUCACAAUUGCACUGGUAGUAGUGCCUUUUAUCGAGGAGUUUACGCAAACAAUCGUAGGUGUUGGAUUAGUGUUAAUGGGCGUUUUCUUGUAUAUUAUUUUUAUGAAACCCAUGAAACUUCCGGAGUUUUUAAUUAGGUUCAAUGACAGCAUGACACGUAUCACAUGCAAAAUUCUGUUCACCACACCAGAUUUGAAGCAUCACUCUGAAACUAGAACGCUGAAAUCCGAAAACAGUGGAGAGACUGUUGUGACCCGAUUCAAUUACGAAGCAGUUGCCUCACAAGAUGACCGUACAAAACUUCCCACAACUCAUGUUGAUGAGACUGGAUUCUAAAUUUUUUUUUCGACAAUUUUGCAAUCACACCAAACUUUUAAACUGUACCAUUUGGUCGAAAAAUUGAUCAUCUUGCACUAACCGUUGUUUUCUUAUUCUGAGAUACUGUUCAAUUUGUCAGCUUUACAUAUUCUUAAUUGUUAGGUUUUUUUAAAUUUUUGUCUGUAUUUAUGAAAUGUCUGGGCUAAUGAAAAUAAUAAAAUAUAUGCUUUCUA